UCUGAAGUUGCAUGCCAUUUGACACCAUGUCUGGAGCCUCUCUCCCAAACGCCAGCUUCAGCCUUCCAUUUUCAACCAUGUCAGCCCAAGCCCGGCCCCCCUUCCCCGCCCAACUCACAAACCCCGCUCCCCAUCAUCCCCACUGGGCUUCCUUGCAGGCCGACAUUGAAGCCCACCUCAAACAAACCAUGCCACUCAAACAACCUCACGAGGUUUUCAACCCCAUGCACCACCUCGUUUUCUCCGCCCCCCGCACCACCGUCCCCGCUCUGUGCCUCGCCGCGUGCGAGCUCGUCGGCGGCCACCGCCAGGAAGCCAUGCCCGCGGCCUCGGCCUUGUUACUCAACCUGGCUAAUGCGCAUGCCCACGAGCACCUCCUCCUCAGUGACAGGGCCAGGCCCGGUGAUGGUUAUGGCGCCAACAUAGAACUUCUAACCGGAGACGGGAUUGUCCCGUUUGGGUUUGAGUUGUUGGCGAGAUCCGACGACCCGGCCCAUGAGAAGUCGGAGCGGAUCCUGCGCGUGAUAAUUGAGAUAUCACGUGCGGUGGGGUCGGAGGGGUUGCAAAAAGCGCUGUACAUGGAAAAUACGUUGGAGGAUGAAUCGGACGGCGAGGAUCCGCGCCACGUGGAAAGCAUGAGGGUUGUUGUGGAGAAAAAGGAAGGUGGGAUGCACGCGUGCGGGGCUGCGUGUGGGGCGGUGUUGGGAGGUGGGAGUGAGGAGGAAAUCGAGAGGUUGAGAAAGUUUGGAUAUUAUGUGGGGAUGACACAGGGUAUGCUACAGAGGGGACUCCUCCAAGGACUUGAAGACCUCAGAAAUCUCGCUUUCAACCAAUUGCAAUUUUUCAAGGACAGAGGUCUUGAUAUUCAUAUCAUUUCUACUUUUAUUAAUUUCUAGUUUUCUAAGGAAUCUCUCAUCACUUCUACUGGAACUGUUGCAAAAGCAUUUCUUCAAUAAUACGCUCAUCUCAUUAUUCCAAUAAUUUAAUCUUCACUGGUUAGAUA